AUGGCAGAUGAUGAAGCGCGUAACGUCGUCUCGACCCGACAGCAGGCAACAACGGUGCAAGACCUACGAGAUAAUCGUUUAGCCGACGGCUCCAAGAAGGGCUACCGCAGUGGACUGCGGCAGAUUGUUGCGUGGCUGCGUGCAGCAGGUCGAACCGGUUCAAUAAACCCAGACGGAUCUAUCGACCUUGACGUCUUCACUUAUGAAGACUUCACAGAGUUUGUACUGCACAAGUACAAGAACGAUGGUGUAUCGUUGUCAACGUUGUCAGGCUACAGAUCGGCCAUCAAAGACUACUACAACAGGCAAAAUGUGGCGAUCCCAAGUGGAUUUGUCUCUGAUGCGACCACCAUCUAUCAAGGGGACCAAUACGUUGGACGCGUUGUGGCUGGACUUCCUCGGGGCAGUGGUGACUUUGCGGUGCUGCCUCCUCACUUCAUUGCUGGCAGCGAUGAUGCCGUGAGUGCCUCCGGCCAACUGGUAUUUCCGCGAUUGUGGCGCCAUGAAGAACUACGAGGAGUCUUGAAGAGCUGUCUGGUAUCAUUGCUUUACCACAAGACGUUCCUCGAGAAUGCUCUGCCAUCGAAGCACCCCUUGCUGUCCAGUGUUCUUUUUGGGGACCCAUUGAUGGUGACGCGGUUGGCCCCCAAGGUUACCCUUGCCUCCACGAUGAUGCAACCAACUGGAAUCCCUCCGCACGUCAGCCUGCAUUCCCAACUUGAGACAAACUUGGCCGCUAUACGUGACCUUCCAGGAGAAAUCCGAACUGUCAUCGAGGGCAUUCUUGACGAGAAGGGUAUCACAUCGGGCAACAUCACACAUUCACUCCUCGAGCGACUUCUCAACAACGCCGUCGCAAGGGUUACUUGCACAAGCAGUCGUGCUGUUGUCACCACUGCUGUGGACGAUAAUGCUCCAGUCCACCCGGUCCACUUUUGGGGUGGAAGAUGGCACUUCCUGCCAGAGGACUUCGAGUUGCCCUCGGUUGAUGUCGCAACCGCCUGGCAUUAUUGGUGGUGUGGUUCUCCAGCCCGCAACAUUCCUCCUCUGCACAAGAUCGACACACAAGAUUUGACAAAGAAACAAGGCAAGAUAUAUUGUGAGUGGAAAUUUGCUGUCAACGGACUCCAUGAUAUCUACCGCAGCGCGACUGGGGGGCCUUUGAGCCGCCCGUAUAUCGCAUCCUCCGUCAUUGCUGCUUUUACCACAAUCACUGAGAGCCUUUCAUCCUCUUGGGGUCUCACGGAACAAGGUCGCCAGCGUAGGUUGUCUCAAGUGAAGAUGGUGACGUUUGCUCGCUUGGCUAGAAAGCGUAGCCAUGUUUAA